AAAAAAUAUAACUAAAAUGGAAUCUUUCCCAGACCAAUCCUUUUCUCGCACUUUCCUACCUUCCCUCUCCAGACACCCCACCCUCCAUCUCUCCAGUACCUCAAUCGCCCCAGAGGCCAUCUCUGCCAGCCCCAAAAAAGCCAAAUCCCAAAACAUUCACUUGGAAUACUACAGUUCUCACACAGCUGUGGUUUUAGAUAAAACCUGAGAAAUUAAAAUAGAGAAUUGUAAGAAGAGAAAGAUGGAAAUUUUUAGGUUUGGGGUUUAUAAGCGGAGAGAGUUCUUAUCAGAGCUGUGCUUUAUACCUGGGAGUUCAGGUAAGAAUUUGUACCGACUGGCACCUUUGAGACUGAGCCCGAUUAAAGUGAGGGAUGGAUCUAGGAUCUGGAGAGGUGUCCAGCUGAUAGCCAAGAUUGCUAGUGCAGAGAUGGAAGAAAUUCGAUUCGAUAGGUUUUAUUUUUGUAAGAGAGCUUUUAAGAGAAUUGUGUUAACAAGCACCAAUCGUAUUAAAAAUGUAUAUUUUGGCAAUUGUUGAAUGGAAAUCCAAUCAUGUAAAGCACCUACAAGACCAAGUAAAACCAGAAAAAUCGAAUUUAAUAAUUUAACGCUCAAAAUGCUCAACCCAAGCGCUCAACCUCCCACCACCACAAUCUCCUCACCCACAACCCCUAUCAAUGAUAAAACCCAGCAAUUCUGCCUCCUCCUCAAAAUCCUACUAGAUUCCUCUCUAGAGUCAUCAUUAUCCAAGAUCGUUCUCAACAACUGUGGUGUAAGAGCUAGUUUACUUAGGAAGGAAGUACCUCGAAGUGGGAUUACCAAGUUUAUCACGAUAAGUCAGGUUGAGAUGGUAGCAUGGGAAGAAGAUUGGAUUUCAGAGAUGCACAAAAUUGCGAUUAAGGUUAAUAUGUUUGUGGAGGAUUAAAGGAAGGAGUGUUGGGGAUUAAGGGAGUUAUGUUUAAUAAAACGGGGAUUCAGUUGAGGCAAAUGU